GAGCGGUUGAGCCAAAACGUGCUGUUUGCAAGAGGGGAAUCUGGAAAGCCAGAGGCUCAUGUCACUGUGAAGAAGCUGUUUGUAGGUGGAAUUAAAGAAGAUACUGAGGAACAUCAUCUUAGAGAUUACUUUGAGGCAUAUGGACAAAUUGAUACCAUUGAGAUAAUUACUGAUAGGCAGUCUGGAAAGAAAAGAGGCUUUGGGUUUGUUACUUUUGAUAAGUAUGAUCCUGUGGAUAAGACUGUGUUGCAAAGAAGUCAGCAACUGCAGUUGCCGCCGUUCUGUCUUCAGCUUCACGAUGUUUCCCUUGGCCAAAAACGCACUAAGUCAUCUCCGAGUUCGAAGCAUUCCGCAAACAAUGGCAAGGCAGAGCCACCAGAAGCGGGCACCUAAUUUCCAUGACAAAUAUGGUAAUGCUGUAUUAGCUAGUGGAGCCACUUUCUGUGUUGCUGUAUGGGCAUAUACAGCAACACAAAUUGGAAUAGAAUGGAACCUGUCCCCUGUUGGCAGAGUCACCCCAAAGGAAUGGAGAGAACAAUGAUCGUCCCAGCUGGUUUAAUACUGAAUUGUUUCAAAAUCAACUCAUAAUUGAUGCCAAGUAAAAGCAUUAAAAUAUGGCGUGAUUGAAGAAAUAAAGUACAUUUGAAAACCUCAAAAAAAAAAAAAAAAAA